AUGCCAAUUCGCAUGAAACGCUUGAGUCGAAGUGAUCCAAACUACAAGGAUCAUGAGUUCAAGUUCUAUCAUUCAUGGUGCCACGAUGAGAAAAGUGCCAAGGUCAAGUCAAUCUACUUAGCCAGUCGAGACGAUAUCGACAAGUCUUAUCGGGGACAGCGCUUUUUCACAUAUCUGAAUGGUGGAAGUUAUAAGAGGUUGUAUCAUGGUACCUCGCGUGCAUGUCACAUUGGAGAGUCGGGCAAUGAUCUGAAGCUCUGUCACGACGAUGAUUGUGGCACAUGCGGCAUACUCAGGCAGUCAUUCAAACUGAAAUAUGCCGAUGACGAGGGAAUGUUUGGUCCCGGCAUUUACUCUACACCAAAUUCUUCAAAAGCAGACGUCUACGUGAAGAACCACUAUAUCAGCUCAAACCUCCACGCUAUGCUUAUUUGCUACGUCGUGGCGAGCAAACCUCAGCGCAAAUUGCUAGCAGACCACGACAUCACCAGGCCCUCUCGUGGCUUCAACUGUGUCGAGGGCGUUACUAUCAAUAACGGGGGGUCGCUUCAAUACCCAGAGUUUGUUGUAUAUCGGGAGGAUGCAAUUGUUCCAGUUGGACUCAUCAUGUAUACUCGGAAGGGUUGGGAGCCAUUAUGA